AUGGAAUUAAGUACUGACGAUUACGAUGAGUUAAAUAUAACAGAGGAGCCAUGCGUUGGAGAUCCAGAAUUUUGCAACAUGACAAAGGACGAGUACCUGGAGAUGUUGAACGACUACAUAUACCCACAACCUUACGAAUGGGUACUAAUAGCGACGCACGCCAUUGUUUUCGUGAUCGGAUUGAUUGGGAACGCCUUAGUGUGUAUAGCGGUUUACAGAAACCACUCAAUGAGGACAGUCACGAAUUACUUCAUUGUGAACUUAGCAGUCGCGGACUUCAUGGUUAUACUGAUCUGCCUGCCACCAACGGUCCUAUGGGACGUCACCGAGACAUGGUUCUUCGGCACAGCUAUGUGCAGGAUCGUGCUGUACUUUCAGUCCGUAUCAGUGACGGUAUCUGUGCUGACACUGACUUUCAUCUCUGUGGACCGGUGGUACGCGAUCUGCUUCCCGUUGAAGUUCAAGUCCACAACCGGACGUGCCAAGACUGCCAUUCUUAUCAUUUGGCUACUGUCUUUGCUGUUCAAUGUUCCGGAAUUUGUGGUGUUGCAAGUGCAAAAAAAGAUGCAAUUAAGAUUUAAUGUGCAAUAUUUUAUGCAAUGCACGUCGACUUGGUCAGACGAAAGCGACCUGAAGUGGCAUAUAAUAAAGGCACUUUUUCUAUACACGUUUCCCUUACUUCUGAUGAUGAUAGCAUACUGCCAAAUUGUGAGGGUACUUUGGAGAUCGGACAACAUACCCGGCCAUACUGAAUCUCACACACUUUGCUCAACUCCAAGUAGACCGAAUAAUUGGCUGGCGGCUAGCAGACGCACCACGACUUCGAUUCACGCCAACGCCUCUACAGAGGGUCAGCUACGUUCCCGCCGAAAGGCCGCUAAGAUGCUAGUCGCGGUGGUCAUCAUGUUUGCCGUAUGCUAUUUCCCCGUACAUCUGCUAUCGGUGCUCAGGGUUGCAUACGACGUGCAACAGAGCGAUGUGAUGACGUGUAUAGCACUCAUCUCUCACGUCAUGUGCUAUGCCAACUCCGCUGUCAAUCCGUUGAUCUACAACUUCAUGAGCGGCAAGUUCCGGCGCGAGUUCCACAGGUCGUACUUCAAGUGCUUCUGCUGCUGCUUCACGCAGCCAGGGGCGGAGAGGAACGGCGCGUCGUUCGGGCCGAUCAGCUCCCGUGGCACCACCCGUACGGUCGUCCGCCGCAACGACUCCUGCGCCAGCUAUCGCCUGACGCACUUGUCGCCGUCAGAGCGCCGCGUAGCCUAUAGGCCCCACCCGCCCUGCGUCUCUCACACGAACGGCGAUCGGCCUAGGCUCCGCGACGAGCCCGUCAGCGAGUCCACCCGCUUCAGCUUGGACACGGGGCGCGAU